AUUACCUCUAUUUUUAUCAACAGUAUGGACUUCGUAACAAUCACUUCAAUAAUGGCCUCUAAAGAAAUGGGAAAUGCGAAAUACGACCAAUGACACGGGCCAGCUUUUCCACGAGAUCGUGCAGGAGGACUCGAGAUUCCUAAUUAUCCCGCUAGUCGUCAUUAUACUGAUAAUGUUACUAUCGGCACUGGUUUAUCUGAUGGCGAAGAAGAGAAGUCAGGACACGCUGCGAGAAAAUCUAAUGCAGUUGUACGAGUUCGACUCGCUCGAAAGGGAAUGGGAGUCGUUCCAUCAGAGUUACGAACGAAACUACGGAUCGGUAUAUAAUUAUAAUUCGACCGCUGUAUAGAUCAAUCAGAAAUAAACGUUCCCCUGCUUUGUUUCGA